AUGGCACUGCCGGAGGGCCUGGACAUCGGCGCCUUCACCUCAACAGGGAACCGUUACGGCAAUCUGAAUCAGGACUAUGUGCAGACGGAGGUCUGGCGGCCCGGCCCGCCCCCCGCCGACGCGCCGCACCCGGCCGCCGCCCAGGCGCCGCCGCCCCCGCUGCUGAUCGGCGCGGUUCUUGACGGCCACGGCCUGCUGGGGGAGAGCGCGGCGAGCGCCGGGGGCCUGUCCGUCGUGAAGGAGCUCCGGCGGCUCAUCACCGCCGCCACCGCGUGCGCCACGCCCACACCCGCGCCCACGCCCGCCGCGCCCGCCAACGGCCAGCCCGGGCCACCCAGCGGCCCCACUGCGGCCGCCGGCCGCGACGGCGCGCUCGAGCGCACCCCUCUGCACGGCCUGGCGCACGCGGCGGCGGCCGCGGCGGCGACGCGGACGCUUGAAGCCAUCCCAGAGGCUGAGCUGUGCGCCUUGGUGGACGCCGCCUUCCAGACCGCCCACGCGUCGGCGCUCGAGAUCUACGACGACCCGCCCCGGACUGCGAGCUACCCGGACUCCCGCACGGGCGCGCCCGCCGUCUAUUGCCUCCAGUCCAAGGACGGACUGCACAUGUACGGCGCGCCGCAGGGCAGCCGGUCCGCGGGGCCCGCAUGGCGGCCGCUUGAAUGCGGCGCCACGUGCACGGUGGCGCUGCUGCAGGGGGGACGGCUGGUGGUCGGCAACGUUGGGGACUCCAGCGCAGUGCUGGGCAGCCUUGACGACGAGGGCGGCGUGAGGGCGCGCCUGCUCACCUUCCAGCACUGCGGGCUGCACCCCGAGGAGGCGGCGCGCAUUUCAGAGGGCUACGGCGCCACCGUCCGCAUACUGCCGCAGGACGGGUACAUGGCCGUGAGCGGCGGCUUUUGGGCCGGCUACCAGCUCAGCGUGACGCGCGCCCUGGGCCACAAGCACAUGGAGACCUUUGGCGUGCUGCACAAGCCGAGUGUCACCUGCGUCGACCUGCGGCCGGAGGAUUGCUGCGUCGUCCUCGCGUCAGACGGCGUGUGGGACGUGAUGGACCCUUCAGAGGUUGUGAACCGCUGCAUGGAUGCGCUGACAGAUGGCAAGAGCGCCGCCGAGGCCGCGCGGCAGCUGGUGGAGGACGCGGUCGCCCUCGCAGUGGGCAGCCCCUCUGGCGACGCCGACAACACGAGCGCGGUCGUGAUCGCCCUGCCCGCCUCUGGCGUCUGA